AUGGAAUCUUGGCAACAUUGGUUUACCAUAAACAAACAGCUCAACUAUAUGUCGUGCCAUUUAAAUCGGAUCAUCCUAAGCAUAUAUUCAAGAAUAUCAUCAGCACUUCUGGGGAUUAUUGGUAUUGGUGGUAUUGGUAUUGAUCGGUAUUGGUAUUGGUGGUAUUGGUAUUGGUCGGUAUUGGUAUUGGUAUUGGUAUUGGUAUUGGUAUUGGUAUUGGUAUUGGUCGGUAUUGGUGGUAUUGGUAUUGGUAAUCAUAAAUAA